UCUUAAAGCUAUGGAUGAAGCUCAAAGCUAAGCAGAGCAAAGAAGGAAAUGCUGUGGCGGCGGAAGAUGCCGCCGUCAUUCUCCGCAUUCAUCGGCAUUAUUGUCGCCGUGAUCUUAGCAAUGGACCUCGCACUUUGUCAAAAUGUAGACGACUCCGGCGGCGUCGAUACCGGAAAAAUCGAUAAUCCGGCGGUGCGGGAGUUAAUGACUCAGGAAGUCAACCGCCGUCUCGCCAAUGUGACCUCCCUGAUUUUCUCUAGCGAGCUGGCUGAGAAAUCCAGUUUCUGCAUUUUAGACAAGGAAAAGGAUUGGAAUAAUGCAUUUAAUUUUAGUCAGGAUUUGAGAUUCCUGAGUGAUUGUGUUGCCAGAACCAGAGGAGAUGUACAACAAAGGUUAUGUACUGCAGCAGAAAUAAGAUUCUACUUUAGUAACAUGUUCAUGAAUUCAAUGAGUUACCUAAAUCCUAAUAGGAACUGUAAUCUUACUUCUUGGAUAUCUGGUUGUGAGCCAGGGUGGGCUUGUAGCACUGGUUCAAAUCAGAACCCUGACCUCCGAAAUUUGAAAGAUAUACCCGCCAGAACCACUGACUGUCAGCCUUGUUGCGAGGGAUUUUUCUGUCCCCAUGGCAUUACUUGUAUGAUACCCUGCCCUUUAGGCUCCUAUUGCCCACUUGCAAGACUCAAUAACAAUACUGGAGUAUGUGAACCAUAUAACUACCAGUUACCUCAUAGACAGUCAAAUCAUACUUGUGGUGGGGCAAAUAUUUGGGCGGAUGUUACUAGUAGCUCAGAAAUAUUCUGUUCAGCAGGAUCCUACUGUCCAUCAAACACUGAGAGGAUUCGUUGCAGUAGUGGGAAUUACUGCCCUACUGGUUCUACAGCUGAGAAACGAUGUUUCAAGUUGACUUCAUGUGAUCCCAAUACUUCAAGUCAAAAUAUGCAUGCAUAUGGAGUGAUGCUUAUAGUUGCUUUAUCUACCGUUCUCCUCAUAAUUUACAACUGUUCGGACCAAAUAAUUACCAUUCGGGAAAGGAGACGUGCUAGAUCCAGGGAAUCAGCUGCAAAAAGUGUAAAGGAGAGGGUACAAGCACAGGCAAGGUGGAAAUCUGCAAAGGAUGCUGUUAAAAAGCAUGCAAUUGAAUUACAUUCUCAAGUUUCACUCAAACUUUCUCGCAAUAAAGCUGUCACAGUUUUAAAUGAAACAGAAAAUGAUCAAGAUGGUGAUAUGCAUGCAUCUAAUUCUAUGAUGUCUAUGCAAUCAGCUGCCUCAUCUGAUGGAACUGAAAGUGAACCAAGUCCAUACAUGAAGAUGAUGAAGGACAUUGGUUUUGAUAAUUCUGAAUCCUUUGAUUCAGAGAUCAAGGAUAAAAAUUUGAAAACUAGGGUGCCAAAAGGGAAACAAGCUCAUACACAUAGCCAAAUGUUCAAGUAUGCAUAUGCACAACUUGAAAAAGAGAAGGCUCAGCAGCAGCAGAAUAAAAGUCUUACCUUCUCAGGUGUAAUUUCCAUGGCUACAAAUAAAGAAAUCAGGAAAAGGCCAACAAUAGAGAUUGCUUUCAGAGACUUAACUGUUACUUUAAAAGGGAAAAACAAACAUCUUUUGAGGUCAAUCAAUGGGAAAGUCAUGCCUGGGCGUGUUACUGCUGUCAUGGGCCCUUCUGGAGCAGGAAAAACUACUUUUCUUUCAGCUCUAGCUGGAAAAACUGUUGGAUGCACCUUAACUGGUUCAAUUUUUAUAAAUGGAAAGACAGAAUCAAUCCACUCGUACAGAAAAAUUCUUGGUUUUGUUCCACAGGAUGAUAUUGUUCAUGGAAAUUUGACAGUUGAGGAGAAUCUCUGGUUCAGUGCAAAAUGCAGACUGUCAGCAGACUUGCCAGAGCCAGAUAAGGUUCUUAUUGUUGAGAGGGUCAUUGAUUCCUUGGGCUUACAGGCUGUAAGGAAUUCCUUGGUUGGCACUGUGGAGAAGCGAGGCAUUUCCGGAGGUCAGAGAAAACGAGUAAAUGUUGGGCUAGAGCUGGUAAUUGAACCUUCACUACUGUUUUUGGAUGAGCCAACUUCUGGAUUAGACAGUGCAUCCUCUCAAUUACUUCUCAGAGCACUCCGGCGUGAAGCUCUUGAAGGGGUAAACAUCUGUAUGGUUGUCCACCAACCAAGCUACACCUUGUUCAAGAUGUUUGAUGAUUUGAUACUUCUCGCAAAAGGAGGUCUAACAGUUUAUCAUGGCCCAGCUAAGAAGGUUGAAGAAUACUUUGCAGGUCUUGGCAUCAAUGUUCCUGAACGAGUUAAUCCUCCUGACUACUUCAUAGAUGUUUUGGAGGGGCUGAUUAGACCAAAUGCCAGUUCAAACAUGAGUUAUAAUGAGCUUCCUGUGUCAUGGAUGGUUCAUAAUGGAUAUGCUGUGCCCCCAGAUAUGCAGCAGAAUUGCCAUAAAGAUGCUGUUUUGCCAACAAGAGUAAAUAUUAACGAUCAUAUCCUCUCUGGUGAUAUCAAUCUGGAACAUUCUUUUGCUGGGGAAAUAUGGCAAGAUAUGAAGUGCAAUGUGGAGCGGCAUCGUGAUAUUUUACAUCACAAUUUCUUGAGGUCAAAGGACCUUUCCAAUCGGAGAACCCCAAGUAUUCUCUUGCAGUAUAAGUACUUCCUUGGAAGGGUGGGCAAGCAGAGAUUACGAGAAGCAAAAACACAAGCAAUGGAUUAUCUCAUUCUAUUAGUUGCUGGAGCCUGCUUGGGGUCACUAACCAAAGUAAAGGAUGAAACUUUUGGUUCACCUGGUUAUGUGCACACAAUAAUUGCUGUCUCUUUGCUGUGUAAAGUUGCGGCAUUGAGAACAUUUUCAUUGGACAAAUUGCAAUACUGGAGAGAAAGUGCUUCUGGAAUUAGCAGUCUUGCUCAUUUUGUUUCCAAAGACACAAUAGAUCAUUUCAAUACACUAAUUAAGCCUGCCGUGUAUCUCUCAAUGUUCUACUUCUUCUGCAAUCCAAGGUCCUCUUUCACAGAUAAUUACAUCAUCUUACUCUGCCUUGUGUAUUGUGUAACUGGCAUGGGUUAUGCAUUAGCCAUCUUUCUUGAUUCAGGUCCCGCCCAGCUGUGUGCUGUUCUUGUUCCUGUGGUCUUGACACUUGUCGCAACUCGACCUUUAGGUAGCAAGUUUUUCAACACCAUAGCUGACUUAUGCUAUCCAAAAUGGGCACUCCAAGGAUUUGUUAUUGCAAAUGCAGAAAGAUAUUACGGUGUAUGGCUCAUAACACGUUGCGGGGCGCUCCAGACAUUUGGAUAUGAUAUUCACAAUUGGGGUCUUUGUAUAGCCAUUCUCAUCCUUACAGGUUUAGGCAGUCGGAUUGUGGCUUUUGUUGGCAUGAUAGUUUUCCAAAAGAAGUGAGUCUGGUUAUUUAUCCAUCCGCCAUUUCUUUGUGUUGUAAAAGUACACACAACACAUUGGCUGUAUACCACAUAUUGAUUUCUGCAACUCUCACUGUGUUGCCUACUCUGUAUUAUGCCGUGCUAACCUUAUGUAAAUUUUGGUUGAAAUA